AUGGAGGCAUGGAGACAUGCAGAGAGCGAGGAGGCGAGCGAGGGGAAGAGAGUUGUGCUGGGAUUGGGAUGCGAUACGAUAGUUGACGAGGAAGACGUUGGAGAAACGAUUGUAGCAGACAGAAAUAUGUGUGAAGCAGUCUUGCAUUGGAGGCGUGUAGGUCAUGAAGGCAAAGAGCUUGUGGAUGUGGAUGAUGGCGAUGAUCGUCGAAAGCGGCAUAGAACGCAUCGCAAACGAUGGAGACGUGAAGGAAACGUCGACUGCAACGAGUUCAUCGUGCGGUUCUGUGCGGCAACCUGUGUCCUCAUCCUCCUGGCGGUCUCAAGUGGGAUGGCAUCUCUAGGAGCAUCACUGUACAGCCAGGGAAAGCUCUCCUUGUCCGAUGCCUUCUCCUUCGUGCAGCCUGGCAGCCCGUCGCUGAUCAACGCGGAGGUAGCGCUACUCAAGUCAGAGAUCUCUACCUUGCAAGAGACUCUGCAGGGGCUUGCGAGAGAGAAGACCGACAAGAAGAACAGGAAGAGAUCGAGUGACAAGGAAGGAGGCGAGGAGGAGGACGAAGAGGUCGAUGUCAUUAUGCAGAGCCUGCGCAGGCAGCUGGCGGCUGCUGUACAGCAAGCGGAGCGAUCGCAGAACGAGUUGACAGAGCAAGUGAGGAUCCGACGAGAGCUGGAGGACGCUCAUCACAAGGCGCAAGUUGAAGUUCGCAAGAAGGAGGAGGAGAUCGAGUCUCUGAGGAAGCAGCGAGAGGACAACACGAGGGAGACGUUGACCAAGGAGGUGGCGAGGGCGAGAGAAGAGACCGAGCUCAAAUUUCGCAACGAAGAUCUGCUGAGGUUCAAGCUGAGGUGUGAGAACGAGACGGCAGAGCUGAAGGAGGAGGCAAAGGCCCUCAAGUCGGAGCUGCUCUCCCUCCGAUCUCACAACUCCCAGCUCACCUACGAGGCCGAUGCCAUCCGGCAGGCACUGAAAGGCAACGAGUCAGCUGCCUUGGCUGCUAAUGACACGACAACCACGUUGGCAGAACGAGUUCGGUCAAGCAUGCGCAGCCUCGAGCUCGAUCGCAACUGGCUGCAGCGGCAGGUGGAGGAGAAGGCGAGAGAAGUGGAGGAGCUGAAGAAUUCUUUGAGAUCCAACGAAGAGACUCUGAGAGCAGCGAGAGAGUCGCGUCAGACGUGCGAGACUGAGCACGACCUGUUGAAAGAUCAAGCCGCCAACUUGAACGCGUCGUUGGCUGCUUGUCGGAGCGACGCCGAGCGAGAGCACAUGGAGGUCCGUGCUGCUCUCCAGCAGAGCGAGACGAAGGUCGCAUCCAAGGAGGAGGAGGUCGAGCAGUGCAAGGCUUCGCUCAAGGAGUGCGUCGAUGCUCGGGCGGCAGAGGCUCAGGCUGGUGGCGAGGAGAGGACGAGGACGGAGGAGCUGCAGGUGAGGCUGGCGGGGCUGCAGGAGGAGCUCGCGUCUCGUGACCUCGCUCUCAAGGAUCAGCAGGAGCCUCCUGCUCUCGCAGCCUCCAGCGACGUCGCAUGCUCGGGCAUCAACCGGCAGCUGCAGCAGGAGGUGGACGAGUGCAACAUUUCCCUCCAGCAAUGCAACGAGGCCCUCUCAGACAGGCCGCUCAAGCUGCAGGAGGAUCCAGACGCUGCUCCUGCCUCUCCUGCCGCUGGUUCCUGCAAUUCGGAAGAGAUAGAGAAGCUACAAGCAGAUAUUCGGAUGGAGCAGAGGAAACGAGAGGUGGCGGAGAAGAAGGCGAAGGGGGAGAGAGAGAAGGCAGACGAGUUUCGCAAGGAGAAACAGAGUCUGCAGCAGGAGAUGAGGGACCUGAAGCAGAAGCUGACGCAGUCGAGCCAGGGGCAGGAGAGCUGCGAGGAAGUGACAGCAAGUCUCAAGGCGGAGGAGAGGAAGCGAGAAGCAGCUGAGAAGAGACUGAAGAAGGAGGCGGAGAAAGUCGACUCGUUCCGCAAAGAAAAGCAAAAACUUCAGCAGGAGCUCAAGGCUCUUUCUGAGCGAUGCCAACAAGGAGGGACGGCAACUGGUGAAGCCAGGGGAGCCGAAGCCUCGCAAGGAGAGGAAGGGGAGAUGUGCGGGCUGACUCGAGAGUCGUGCGAGUCCGAUGGCUCGAAGGCGUCUGAGACUUCGAGCUCCAAGACUGCGGAAGAGGAGGUGGAGAAGAAGACGGAGGAGGACGAGGUGGAGAAGAAGAAGAAAGAGGACGAGGCUCUUCGCAGGUGGAACGAGGCCCUCAAGGCUGAUCCCAAGUCUGCCGCUCAGUGGGAGCAUCGCGCCAGGCGCAAGGGCCCAGCGCUUGCAUCCUCCGAGACGCAGGAGGGAGGGACAGAGGCAGAGAACAGCUUCUGCCACAGCAUCGCGGGCGAGCAUGCGUACUUCGACCAGGAGGAGGGAGGCUGCCGGUGCAAGGCCGGGUACACGGAGGACGCAGAUGGGAGGUGUGUUGCAUCGGGAACAGGCGAAGCACAGGAGGAGAGUGGAGGGACGGAGGGAGGGGGCAAGGGAGAGCAGAAGAGAGGAGGAGGAGAGGGAAGAGGCAUCGGCGGAAAGGAGAAGAUAGAGGAGGACGAGGUGGAGAAGAAGAAGAAAGAGGACGAGGCUCUUCGCAGGUGGAACGAGGCCCUCAAGGCUGAUCCCAAGUCUGCCGCUCAGUGGGAGCAUCGCGCCAGGCGCAAGGGCCCAGCGCUUGCAUCCUCCGAGACGCAGGAGGGAGGGACAGAGGCAGAGAACAGCUUCUGCCACAGCAUCGCGGGCGAGCAUGCGUACUUCGACCAGGAGGAGGGAGGCUGCCGGUGCAAGGCCGGAUACACGGAGGACGCAGAGGGGAGGUGUGUUGCAUCGGGGACAGGCGAAGCACAGGAGGAGAGAGGAGAGGGAGAAGGAGGGGGCAAGGGAGGAGAUUCCGAGGAUGAAGGAGUGUUGGGGAUGUUGCCUGGGAUGGAGGAGGAGGAGGAGGAGGAGAGUCUCGGUAGGCUGCCCGAUACCUUCGGCUCCUCCUAG